AUGGAGCGGUUGGAUAUGGCAGGAAACCAAAUCCAUGGUGAGCUACCAAACUGGAUGUGGAACAUAGGCAAGGAAACUCUGGGCAUGAUGCCUCAAUCAUACAACAACGGAAGCAAUUUGCAGAUGAUUGAUGUUAGUCAUAACCAAUUGGAGGGGCAAUUACCGAGGUCAUUGGCGAAUUGUGUGAAACUUGAGUAUCUGGUUCUGUCAAACAAUCAAUUCAGUGAUGUUUUUCCCAUUUGGUUGGGGACCCUUCCAGAGUUAAAACUUUUGGCAAUGCGCCAUAAUCGCUUCAAAGGUGUAAUAGGGCAGUCUAGAACAAAUGUUGACUUCCCCAAGUUACGCAUUCUUGAUUUGUCUUUCAACAAUUUCACAGGUGAGAUUCCACCUUUGUUUCCAGAUAUUAUUGUAAAUAAGUCAACAUACAUGUAUACACGAGUAGCCUAUGACUUCAAUGGUUUUUAUGUUGGGCGGAGUGUUGAUUACUCAAUCACAUUAGCAAUUAAAGGUUUGGAUUUGUACUAUUCAAAGGUUCGAGAAGGGUUUGCAGCCAUUGAUAUCUCAAGCAACAAAUUUGAAGGUAAAAUUCCAGAAUUCAUUGGGAACCUUAAGGAGCUUCGCUCACUCAAUAUUUCCAGCAACAUUCUCACUGGUUCUAUUCCAUCAUCCUUGGGGAACUUAAGGAAUCUUGAAUCGUUGGACCUUUCACAGAACAAGCUGUCAGGACAGAUCCCCCAACAACUGACAAGGCUUACAUUCCUUGGGAACUUUGAUGUGUCUUACAACAAUCUCACAGGUCCUAUACCGCAAGGUACCCAACUUACUUCAUUGAAUAGCACUUCAUAUGAGGGAAACCCAGGAUUGUGUGGAGAUCCAUUACCAAAAUGCGGAAAUCAAGAGGCCCCUCAACCACCACCUUCAAUUGAAGAAGACAGUGAUUCAGGCUCAACUCGAACGCUUGAAUUUGAUUUGAAAUUUUGUUUGGCUGGAAUUGGAAGUGGGUUUGUAGUGGGAGUGGUUCUUGCGGAUUUCGUGGUCACAAGAAGGCAGGAGUUGUUUCUUAAGAUCGUUGAAAUGGUUAGGCUAAUGAUAUGGAAAAGGUAG